UCGGGUCGUCGAGAAAGGCAUCAGCAACACCGUUGCUUUUGUUGGGUGUAUGGCAAAUGGUGAAUGUGAAUUGGGCAAGGAAGUCGAGCCAUCGAGCUUGGCGUGGGGUGAUAUCUUUCUUGGUAAGGAUGGAAGAAACGAUGGUGUUGUCAGUGCGGAUGGUGAAGUAUUGCCCGUUGAGAUACGGGCGCCAGACUGUGAGGGCGUGAAUCACGACGAGGAGUUCCUUCUCGUUGGAGGGGUAAUUCAUCUCCGCGGGAAGGGGCUUCUUGCUUGCGAAGGCGAUGGGGUAUUCCCCGGAUGGAGCCUCGGGGUGAGUGGGCGCGUCCUUGAUGGACGGGGUCUCGACGGUGUCGCAGGGGAAAUGUUGGGACAGUAUGGCUCCAAUGGCGAAGUCGAAGGCAUCAGUGGUGACAUAGAAAUGGCGAGUGGGGUCGGCGAUCUUGAAGACAGGGGUCAUGGUGAUGGUUUGCUUGAGGGAGUCGAAAGCGUGUUGGCGGCGAUCGUUCCAAUUGAAGGGUUCGUCCUUGCGUGUGAGUUCGUGGAGAGGGUAAGAGAUCUUGGAAAAGUUGCGAAUGAACGGGCGGUAAUAGUUGGCAAGGCCGAGGAAGGAACGAAGUUGGAGGAGGGUCUUGGGCGGGGGGUACUCGACGAGGGUUGUGACCUUCGAGGGGUCCAUACGGAUGCCUUCAACGGAGACAAUGUGGCCAAGGAUCGAGAGGACUUGGCGAAUGUGUUGAAGGUGGGACUUGAAGGUGGGGCUAAAGUUGAGGAUGUCAUUAAGGUACACGACGACAAAGGCUUCGAGGAGGUCACCGAAGAUGUGGUUCAUGGUGGACUGGAAUGUGGUGGGGGCAUUGGUGAGUCCGAAAGGCAUUACGAGGAACUCGUAGUGCCCGAACCGAGAGCGGAAUGCGGUCUUGUGGGUGUCUUCGCGGAUACGGAUCUGGUGGAAGCCACUGCGGAGGUCGAUCUUGGUGAAAUAUUUGGCUCCAAGGAGGCGAUCAAGAAGUUCAGAUAUCCGGGGGAGUGGGUACUUGUUCUUGAUGAUGAUCCGGUUCAAGGCACGGUAGUCUGUGCACAUGCGGAAUUCGGAGGUGUCGUUCUUCUUGACGAAGAGACAACUGGUUCCGAAGGGGGAGGAGCUAGGCUUAGUGAAUCCUUUUUCAAGGAGUUCAUCGAGUUGGCGCUUCAUUUCUUCGGCCUCGGGGACGGAGAGUUGGUACGGAGGGCGGCAAGGAGGAGAAUGGUCUGGCUCGAGAUCAAUGAUGUGGGAUACAUCUCGAUCGGGAGAUCAGAGAAGGUGGUAGAGAAGGGGUUAGGGAUGAGAGUAAAAGAGCAGGUGCCAGUGGGAAGCUCGACCGGCAGGAUAGCAGAUGUCGUUGGGAGGGGGGCAGGCGGAGUAGACUGCGUCGCUUGGGGUCGUCUGAUGGGAUAGGUAUAUGCGUUCUGCGGGUGCAAGUUUCUGGAGACGGCGGGGUGGAGAGGAAGAGGGCGGUCGGGAGGCACAAUCCUGGCGUUCCAUCCGCAUAAGGUGGGCGGCCUCGAGGUCCUCAAUCGUGAAUUGGGAGGGGUCAAGAGAGGCAGUGUCGAGGUUGUCAUCGGAGGUGGGUGCAGUGGUGUCGUCAGUGGUGAUGUUAUGGAAGAAGCGGGGGUGGGAGGGAGCGGGCACGGACUGGUGAUGGGUAUGGAGUCGAUCGUGGUGAAGCAUGCGAGAGAGGAGGUCAGCAAGGGGCAUGUCGGGUUCGUGGGCGAGGGCGGUUGCAAGAUCUUUGUGGCAUACUCGCUUGAUGCGGGAGAUGAACGCAAAGUCGGGAAUGACGGUGGUGGGGAGGUGAUGGCGGAGGGAGCGGAUGUAUUGGACGAAGCGGUCCCUGGGACCGGUCUGGAGGAGGUGACAGAAUUGUUCGAGGUAGUCAUCGAUGGUUUCCUGGGGGCAGAAGGUGGCAGUGAGACGGUUGGCCCAUUGGAGGAAGGAGUGACGCGGUCCUUCAGAGGCGCGGCGGUUGCUGACUUCGGCCAUCCACCAUUUGGUGGCAUUGCCGAGGAGGCGGGAGGUGGCAAUGGGAAGCCAGUGGACAAGGGGCAUGUGGUGGAGCUUGAAAGAGUUUUGGAGUUGGGUAAGGAAGAGGAAAACGUCCUCGUGGGGAAGGUCGGAGAAGGGCAUGAUGUCGGCGGAUCGGAAGGAACGGGGAUUUUCCCUUCGUGGGAAACGAUCCGGGCGAGGGUGUUGAAGUUGAGGUUAUCGGGGGUACUGUCGCAGGUGUAAUCGAAUUGACUGUUGUCGUCAAGGAGGUAGUUGGGGGGAAGUUGUGGCAUUGCGGGGUAAACCCCGGAGGUGA